CGGGCGGACCCUCCCUAGGCUGGCCACCGCCUCCGCCAGCUCGCGCGCUUGCCCCGCUCGCUCCCUCCUCUCGCUGCCCUGCCACAUCUUCCUCUGCCUCCCACCCGAGGGACCAUGUCGCGGCUCAGCUGGGGAUACGGCGAGCACAACGGUCCUAUUCAUUGGAAUAAAUUUUUCCCUAUUGCUGAUGGGGAUCAGCAAUCUCCGAUUGAGAUUAAAACCAAAGAAGUGAAAUAUGACUCUUCCCUGCGACCUCUUAGUAUCAAGUAUGAUGCAAACUCAGCCAAAAUCAUCAGUAAUAGUGGCCAUUCCUUCAGCGUUGACUUUGAUGACACAGAGGACAAAUCAGUUCUGCGUGGGGGUCCUCUCACUGGAAGCUACCGCUUGCGACAGUUUCACCUUCACUGGGGGUCUGCUGAUGAUCACGGCUCUGAACACGUGGUGGAUGGAGUGAGAUACGCUGCAGAGCUCCAUGUUGUUCAUUGGAAUUCAGAUAAAUACCCCAGCUUUGUUGAGGCAGCUCACGAGCCAGAUGGACUAGCUGUCUUGGGAGUAUUUUUACAGAUUGGUGAACAUAAUUAUCAACUGCAAAAGAUUACAGACAUUUUGGAUUCUAUUAAAGAAAAGGGUAAACAAACUCGAUUCACAAAUUUUGACCCAUUAUCUCUGCUUCCUUCAUCCUGGGACUACUGGACAUAUCCUGGUUCCCUAACAGUCCCACCUCUUCUUGAGAGUGUCACGUGGAUUGUUUUAAAACAACCUAUAAAUAUCAGCUCUCAACAGUUGGCCACAUUCCGCACUCUCCUCUGCACGGCGGAGGGCGAGGCAGCGGCUUUUUUGUUGAGCAAUCACCGCCCACCACAGCCUCUGAAGGGCCGAAAAGUAAGAGCCUCUUUCCAUUAAAAAUUGUCACCAGCUGACCACCCCGAACAGGUCUGUGAAGAGAAGACAAAACACAAAAAUCCCUCCUAACAGCUCUUUCCUAGAAUUCUGAUUAACGGGUACCAUUUUGCUCUGAGCUUCAGCGCCACAAGGAAGAUCAGAUCGCUGUAAUCAAGCUAACUCAACUCAUCCAUCUCAGAUUUGCACUCACGGGUAUUCAAACAGUAAACAUUGUUUGAUGCGUGUUGAGAUCCGCAACAUGCAUCUAGUUCAACCUGCGUGAAAACAUGGCAGACGUUGCAAAACCUCCGAGUCCAUUAAAAAUGUUCCCUUGCCCUAGAGUUUGAAUCAGCCAUAUCUCUCAGUAAUGUUUGGUCAAAAAAUUUAAAUCUUCUCCAGAAU